AUGGCUCAUGAGGAGAUCCGGAAGUUUGAGAAUUUGACGUUAGACCCCAAUUUUGCGAAUACAUCUGCGUUGACCGAAAAUGGACAUGGACGUGGAGAUGUGCCAAACGCGAAUGGCAGUGCUAGGCGAGUUCCUUCUGAUACCGCUAAAUCAAACCACCAACAUACAAGGCCCCUAGAGGGAAGUGAUGGUCCAUUGAAGGACGCCCAUGUCCCGACGCCUCCCAUCCCUGUGCCUUGUCCUGAAGACCAUCAUUACAGAACGGGUGCGGCCGAUGACCUGGAAUAUAACCAUCACCCUCGUUAUAUCCAUCCAUCGCCACUCGAGCAGUUUGCCCGAAACGAUCAACCUUCACUCAGCCACAAUGCUGAUUACUCGCUUGAUCCUGGAUGCCGGAACCAACUGGAAAUCCCAGCAAUCGAUCUGAGGCACGGUGUCGACCCGUCUGUGGAUAGCUUGUCUCAUCAGGAACGCGACUCCGGAAGCUCCGCAAAUGUGUUUCCUAUCGGUUCACCUCCCCGGGACUUUUUCUCCAGACCAGUGGAGAGCUGUGGGGGUGACACUGAGCCUGUUGGGGAGCGCCCCACCUCUCUCACAUCUCUAUCCACUGCUUCCCCUGUCACUGAUGAAGUGCGUACGCCUCCGGAAACAAACCGGGACAUAUUUUUGUCCCCAUUUUCAGCUUCUCCAAGGGUCUACCGCCCUGUAUCUUUGGAUGAUGCGACCGGUUGGUCUGGCCUUGUCCCUCAGCCAUUUGGGAGUCGGUCAAAAGGCUAUACUCUAGGCAGAGAUGGCAGUUUGCGGCACAACAUAUGUCAUGACUCCUGUCGCUCUACCUACUCAAGUGGUAAAUCUCCAGCCAGCACGUUUCUGUCCCUAUGGAGUCGUGAUGAGGUUCCCCCGAAACCUGAUGAUGAGGGUCAAGUUGUAGGGACAGACUAUGUGAUCGGCAAGCAGAUUGGUUUUGGAGGAUUUAGCACAGUGAAGGAAGCAUUUAAGGUUAAUGGAGAUGGUGGACCGGAACGGUUUGCUGUUAAAAUUGUGAGGAAGCACCUCGCCGGCCAGAGCGAACGUGAAAAUGAUCAAGUCCAAGCCGAAUUCGAUCACGAAGUGCGCAUUUGGCGAUACCUAAACCACCCUAACAUUUUGCCACUCGAAGCAGUUUACGAAACCGACUAUGCUACAUUUUGCUUCACAAAAUUAACCACAAGGGGAACCUUGUUCGACCUGAUCCGCAGACAUCGCCAAGGCCUUCAAAUGAACAUUGCCCGAAACUAUGCAUAUCAAUUAGCGUCCGCUAUUAGAUACUUGCAUGAGGAUGCACGUGUUGUCCAUCGAGAUAUUAAGCUUGAAAACUGUCUUCUAGAUGCACCAGUUUCCAACCAAUAUGAUGACGCAGCCCACUUAAUCCUAUGUGACUUUGGAAUGGCGGAAUGGAUGACAUCGGAAAACGGCGGUGGAAGCUCACCUGAUCCGUACGACAAUGCAGCAGAUCGGCCACCUCCAAAAGCCAUAGGCCCUUCUGACACAAGCACCAGUGUUGCUGGAAGCCUGGAAUAUGCCUCUCCGGAGCUGUUAUCAUCUGUGGGUGGACUUAUUGAUCCAAUUGUGGAUAUCUGGGCGUUUGGAGUUGUUGUCUUUGCUCUGGUCGUGGGUUCUCGGCCUUUCCAAGACUCCUUUAAACCACGAAUCAAACUCAAUAUUAUGGGUGGUCGUUGGGAUAGAAGUUCUGUCCUGAAAGGUCAUGGUGAUCUUCAGGAUCGACGGAACGCAUUGGAGUUAAUCCAGGGCUGUUUGGAUAUGGAUCCGACGAGGAGAUGGACAAUUCGGGAAGUGUUACAAUGCCGUUGGUUUCAGGGAUGUUCUGACAGCGCAGACCACGCUGGCGAUACUCCGCAAUGGGGAUUUUAG